GCAAAAUGUGGAGAGGCUGCUGUUGCUGGAGAUAAGAAGAAGAUGGUGGAACCGUGGUGGGACGCGCGCUGCUGCUGUCAGUGUCACACUCUCCGACAAGGACAACAAGCGCUCUUGGUGUGUUAGCGAGGCAGGACGAAGUUUGAUCCAGAGGUGUCGAGGUCAAGGUGCCGAGCUGCAGCACUGGGUGUGUGUUCAUCCCAGCCCAUGGAAGAGUGCUGACAAGAAGCUGCCCUUGUGCAGGGUUGCAGUGUUCUGCUGUGUCCCAGAAGCAUACGGCACGAGACGAGGACCUGUCUGGAUCUGCUUGCUGCUACCGCUUCCCCGCACGGCCUCUGAGAGCCGAUCUUGUGGCCCUUGCUGUGUCCAGCUCCCAGGCUCGGGCGAUGGCAGCGAGCCUGCUGCUCCACGCAGCUCUCCUGUGGGCCUCUGCCUCCUCCUCGGCAACCGCUGCCGAGCAGUGCUUCUCCAAAGUUCACCCUGAUCUGAUCGUCAAUGCCAGCGCGGCCUUCCUGGCGAAGUCAACGGUGUUGGACGCGCACGCCAGUCCAUCCCAGCAGGCCUGUCUCCUCGACUGCUGCUCCCAAGAAGGUUUUAAGUGCAACUGGGCUGUGUACAAACCAGACAAACCAGCUGGAAGUGAGAACUGCUAUUUAUUCCACUGUGAGAGACAAGACGACUGUCCUUUAAUUCCGAUGACUGGCGUGAACACCUAUAACAUUUUAAAAGGUUUGGAUUAUCCAUCCAAGAACCAUCUAACAACUGCAACCAUGACAACAAGACAACCAACUACUACUAUGACAUCAUUAUCCACUAGUAACACUCAGCCAACCACUACUGUGACAUCAUUAUCCACUACUAACAUGCAACCAAUCACUACUAUGACAUCAUUAUCCACUGGUAACAUACCACCAACCAGUAUAACAUCAUUAUCUACUAGUAAAGUGCAGCCAACCACUAUAAUAUCAUUAUCUACUAGUAAAGUGCAGCCAACCACAAUGACAUCAUUAUCUACUAGUAACACACAACCAACCACUGCUACAGUAUCACUAUCCACCAGUAACACUGAACAAAUCACUAUUAUGAAAUUAUUACCCACUAGAAACACACAACCAACCACUACCAUGACAUCAUUAACCCCUAUUACUAAAAAACCAGCCACUACUACCACACUGCUAGCCACCAUUAUGAUGUCAUUAUCCACUACAGUAAGACAAACAAGAACCACAGUGACAUCAUUAUCCACUGCUACCUCACCACUGACCGCUACUACAACACAACCAGCCACUAAUACCGCACGAUCAACAAGUACUGCAGCAAGAGCUGUGACAAGUGCUACUCAACCAACUAUUAGUAGUGCUAUUACUGCUACUUCCAUAACCACUACAACACAGCCAGGUGCGUUUGUUACCACAGCCCUGCAAAACACUAUGACUACUACCCAGGCAACUAAAACUAGUACUGUUUUUAGAAAACCCUUUUCUUUGACCAUAACACCAUUGACGCCCACUACUUCUAGUACACAAUCUACAACUACUGCUACUGCUAGGACUUUUCCUACAACUACUACUACAGCUACUCUAACCACUCUUCCUACAACAGCUACUACUAGUGAGAGAGCAACUACUAUACAAGUAACCACGAUUAUCACAAAACCAACCAGGAGUUUCAUUCCUAUGCAGGUAACAAGUAAAAUCAUGGCAUUAACUGAACAUCCGGCCACCUCGACAGAAAUGCAAAUAUUAAAAAGCGUAACAGCUAAAAAAGGUCAUAUUACAAACACGCAAACCUUAACAGCAGGAGCCACUUUGUCAAAAUCAGGAGUACAGACAGCUGCAGCCAUAACUGCGAUAAAAGCAGUAAAUGUAACUGGGAAAAACCGCAAUAAAGCUGCAAGAAAAGAGGGCACAAAGACAGCUGAGCACAGUACAAGUCAAGGUUCAGCUACUGGAGGCACGGCGCUGCCAGUCAGACUUCUGCCCAAUCCUGCGAAGCCCAGUAGUGCAGUGAGACCAUCUGGUGGCCCACACAAAGCAGGGAGCAGGAAACCCAAGACACAUAUGAGGACCACAGCACGGCCGGUGACCUUGGCCCCAAAGGUCGUGACAGUGAUGUCCUCUGCAUCUACAGUGAAACUCACAGCAGUGAGCACAGCCACCCAUACUGCCCCGAGAAACCCGGACAAAAAACCCGAGCACAAGGCAGCAGGCUAUGUCCACCCAGUGCCGCCCAGCUCGAACCCAGCUCAUGCAAACCCGCCCAGAAGACGCAGCGACCACCAAGGGAGGCUGAAGAGCAGCCUUGAGGUGACUGUGGUCGUUGGACUGGUGUUCCUGACUCUGGCCAUUGCACUGGUGGGAAGGAAGGCGAUGGAGUCGUUCAACCGACGGCAGUACACACGCCUGGAACUCAACGACCUGUACUAUGAUGUGUAAGAAGGCCCGCAGCAGAAGGAGCCACAGCGAGGGAGCACAACCGUCACAUGCAAAAACCUUUUUUUUAUGGAGAAUCGCUCACUUGGAUACCUUCUUGUCUGUUUUUUAAAAUGACAGUAAAAGAUCAGUGUGGUUCAUUUAGACAAACCCACUAAUAAAACAGAAUAGGGAAGCUUCUUAGAAGGGCCAAAGAAAAAAGGAAUAAAGACGCAGCAAUACCUCUUUUCCUUACGCUCAGGUAACUUGAAAUCUGGUAAAGGAAUGGAAAAUUGGGUGACUAGUGAAAUAUGCCAUAUUAUUUGUUACAACUGCAUAGAAUACAAUUAAAUAAUAACUGCUGUAGGAUAUGUCAUAUAGAUCAUCUGCAAGUGAUCCAACAAGCCACAUCAUUUGUGGUUUUUUGUAUUGUUUUUAUUCAUACCCUGCUAUGUUCUGUGAUGUUUUGACUGGAAACAGACAAACCAGUCAUUAUAAAACAACUGUCUUUUCUUUGUCUUUGUUAACAUUUUGCUAAGUUAUUCACAGAUCUUUAUCGGUGACUAUCAGCUGAAAGGUAUGAAGGAAAAAAAGGUUAUUAAGAUCUGACGCAAUUCCCACACAAUAUAUACUAAGUUUUGUGUACUGUCCACAUAGGUAGCGUUCACUGAUUGCACACUAUUUUGCUAGUGAUAAUUUAUUCAUAAAUAUGUAUGCGUGCAUAUGUGUGUUUGAGUGACAGCAGAGAAAGGAGGAUGUAAAAAUUGAACUGGUUAGACUAGAAUCCUCUUGCACAGUGAUGUAAUAUAUAGUCUUUCACCACAGGAUGGCAACAGUCACCAAGAAAACGAAUCAGUGAGGAAGACGCACAUUGUUUGCUUUCUGACUUGUUCCUCGAUCAAUGU